CGUGUCCCCCGAGCCCCCGGGUCCCCGUCCCAGACUCCGCUCCCCCGCCCGUCCCUCCGCGCGCGCUCCCCAAGGUGAGAUCAGCGUCUCCGUCGUCUCUUCCCCGCCGCUCUUCACUCCUCCACCGGUCUCCUCGAGAUCGAGCCGCGAGCCUAGGGGCCGCCACCCCUAUAAAAACUAGCCCCAUUCCCUUACCAGCGCCCGAUCGCAUUCCUUGGCCCCCCACGCUUGGAUGGAUUCCGUCGGUACAAAUCGGCCCCCGCUGCGCUCCGUUGCUGCCGCAGUCACUCGACGCAGCGCGCUCCUGUGUCCGCCUCGCCACCUCGGGCUCGGCAAUCGUUUUGCGGAGACUAAGCUUGGGAUCGCGUCUGGGUGUGGAGGAGGAGGGUAUUUUGGAAAGGUACAGCGAUUUAACGCCUUGCGGAAUACCACUACGAAAGUUCAGAGCGGGAAGGCGGGGUCAAGUGUGACCAAGGAAAUGGGACACACCUCAUCUGGCAGUGAAGUGCCCUUGAAAUAUUCUUCAGGCAAAGCUUUCCCUCUAGGAGUGUCACAAGUUGACGAUGGGCUAAAUUUUGCAAUAUUCUCACAGCAUGCUUCUUCUGUCACCCUUUGCUUGAAACUUCAUGAGAGAGGCACCCAAGAUGAUGCAGACAUUGUAGAGUUUCCUUUAGACCGCCAAAAGAACAAAACUGGAGAUAUAUGGCAUGUGUCGGUGGAGGGUUUGCCUGCUUCUGGUGUUCUUUAUGGGUAUCGCAUUAAUGGUCCUCAAGGGUGGCAACAAGGUCAUAGAUUUGAUGACAGCGUUAUUCUUCUGGACCCUUAUGCAAAAUUAGUUUCUGGCCGUAAGCACUUUGCGGUUGAAGAAGAGAAACCAAGCCAGCUUUUCGGAACAUAUGAUUUUGAUAGCUCACCUUUUGACUGGGGUGACAAUUAUAGGCUUCCUAAUUUGCCUGAGACAGAUCUUGUUAUAUAUGAAAUGAAUGUCCGUGCCUUCACUGCGGAUGAGUCAAGCAGGCUUGGUCCAGCUUUUCGUGGAAGUUACCUUGGUGUCAUUGAUAAAAUUCCUCAUUUGCUGGAACUUGGCGUUAAUGCAGUGGAACUACUUCCUGUUUUUGAGUUUGAUGAGCUGGAGUUGAAGAGGUUCCCUAACCCAAGGGACCACAUGGUAAAUACAUGGGGAUAUUCUACAAUCAACUUUUUUGCGCCCAUGAGUCGUUAUGCUAGUGCGGGUGGUGGACCUGUGGCUGCUUCCAAAGAGCUCAAACAGAUGGUCAAGGCAUUUCAUAAUGCUGGAAUUGAGGUUAUUCUGGAUGUGGUUUACAACCAUACAAAUGAAGCAGAUGAUGCUAACCCUUAUGUGACUUCCUUUCGUGGCAUUGAUAACAAGGUCUAUUACAUGUUAGAUCUCAACAACAAUGCUCAGCUGCUGAACUUCUCGGGUUGCGGGAAUACACUAAACUGCAACCACCCUGUUGUCAAGGAGCUUGUACUCGACAGUUUGAGACAUUGGGUUACGGAGUAUCACAUAGAUGGAUUUCGGUUUGACCUUGCAAGUGUUCUUUGUCGUGGACCAGAUGGCAGUCCUCUUGAUGCACCUCCACUCAUUAAGGAAAUUGCCAAAGACUCUGUAUUGUCUAGAUGUAAGAUCAUUGCUGAACCUUGGGACUGUGGUGGCCUUUAUCUAGUAGGGAAGUUCCCUAAUUGGGACAGGUGGGCUGAAUGGAACGGGAAGUACAGAGAUGAUAUUCGAAGAUUUAUUAAGGGAGAUCCUGGUAUGAAGGGGGUGUUUGCAACUCGUGUUUCUGGUUCUGCAGAUCUCUACCAGGUGAACAAUCGGAAGCCUUACCAUAGUGUGAACUUUGUAAUUGCUCAUGAUGGAUUUACUUUAUGUGACCUUGUUUCAUAUAACUCCAAGCACAAUGAUGCGAAUGGAGAAGGUGGUCGUGAUGGGUGCAAUGACAACGACAGCUGGAACUGUGGCAUUGAAGGAGAAACAAAUGAUUUGAAUGUGCUAAGUAUUCGUUCAAGGCAAAUGAAGAACUUUCAUGUGGCAUUAAUGAUUUCCCAGGGUACUCCAAUGAUGCUGAUGGGAGACGAAUAUGGUCACACACGUUAUGGAAACAACAACAGCUAUGGACAUGAUACUCACAUAAAUAAUUUUCAGUGGGGCCAGUUGGAAGAAAGAAAGGAUGGCCAUUUCAGGUUUUUCUCAGAGAUGAUCAAGUUUCGGCGUAACCAUCCUAUACUGAGACGAGACAGGUUUCUCAAUAAAAAUGAUAUCACCUGGCAUGAAAAUAAUUGGGAGAACCAGGACAGCAAAUUUUUGGCAUUCACGAUACAUGAUCACAAUUCUGGUGGAGAUAUCUAUUUGGCAUUCAAUGCUCAUGAGUAUUUUGUGGAUGCUGUAAUUCCCCCACCACCACAGCAUAAAUCUUGGAGUCGUGUGGUGGAUACCAACCUGGAAUCACCAAAGGAUAUUGUCCCAGAAGGGGUGCCAUUCACAGGUUCAGGGUACAGGAUUGCUCCCUACUCUUCCAUCUUGCUUAAGGCAAAGCCUUAGAAUGGUGGAGGCAAGUCAUUAUCAUGUAAGCACGAAUAAUGUCAUGUUUGCUCAUUUAAGAUCCUUAACUUUCCAAGCUCUUAGCCAGCUGUACUGCAAAUAUAGCAAACUUUGAUAUGAGAAGUCGGACCAAUCCUUGCCGCAAAUCAACAGGAGAAGCCAUGGUUUGCUACAGGCAUACUCAUGGAGAUAUGGCAAACACAAGUAACUUCCACAAAUCGAAGCCAGAAGAGCCUUUCAUUAGGGGAAGCAUGGCUCGAGGAAACUAGUAUUCGCAAGUGGUUGUUUCGUUUUUUUGGUUGCACCUGUGAAUGUGAGUCAAGCUCUUGUUUGCUUAAUAAUUUGCCAUUCCAUUUCCUGUAUCGAACAUAUGCUGGGAGAAUGGAUGCCAGAACCUUUUGCUUUCAUUAAUCUGUUUACUCGUGUCGUU